CCUGCGGGUUACGUGCGCAGGCUCCCUGGCUUAUUCGUCUUCCAAGGUGGACCGUCCUUGCGAACAUCUCUCUUCUGGUAGCACCCUGCUUCAGCAUCAGCCGUGGAAGUCGAACCGCCUUCAGCGCCACCACCAGAGAGAAUGGUGCCGCUUACGAAGGAACUAACUCCGAUUUCUCCAUCAACUUCUCGUGAAUUUGGCUUCGUAACCAAGGACGGCAUCUACCAGCGGAUGACGUUACUCUAUGGAAGUCUAGCAGCAUUCGUAAUGGCGGCAAACAACAUGAUGCCUCUGGUCGCCUCUCCUGGUGUGAACCAUUGGUGCGCUCCCCCUGACGGCGUUCAAGUCAGUGAAGAGGACUGGAAGAACAUGAGCAUCCCCGUUGACGAGGACGGCAAGUACAGCCAGUGCCAGAUGCUCAACGGGACGGACAACAGCUCCGUCGUGGCUUGCACGAAAUGGCAGUACGAAAGCUCCCGCCAUUUUGGAACCAUCGUGGAAGAGUGGAACUUGGUAUGCGAUAGAGCGUGGUUCGUUCCAGCCACCACUGUCGUCUACCUGUUUGGAACAAUUGUGGGCUUCAUUAUUUCUGGCAUUCUAUCGGACAGUAUCGGCCGGAUGCCAGUGGCCAUGGUCAGUUGCAUCGCGGUGAUUGUGUUUUGCAUCUCCAUCGGCAACGCCGCCAACAUCGCCCUCUAUAUUGUGCUUCGCUUCUUCGUGGCAAGUGCAGUGAGUGCCCUCACACUCCCUCUCUACGUGCUACUUAUCGAAGUGGUGGCAGUGUCGAACCGAGGGUUGUAUGGCAUCAUCAUAGCGGGAGGUUACGCUGCGGGUACAGCCUCUGUCCACGUAGCCCAGAGUGUGAAUAUUGGCUGGCGCCUCUUCCAACUGUUGCUCAUGGUGCCGACAACGACGCUCGUCUUAGGAUUACCAUGGAUCCAAGAAUCUCCACGGUGGCUAAUAUCCCGUUGGAAUCUGAGCAAAGCCGAAAAUGUGGUUCUCACUAUUGGCAGGAUCAACGGAACUAAGCCCGAACGCACUAUGGAGCUCUGGCGGAGCAUUCGCCUUGAUCUGGAAAAGGAAGAAGAGAAGUACUCCGAAAUGUUGAGAGUGGAAUUACUGAGCGUUCUUCUUGCCCCAAGUUUAAGACGAACCAACGUAAUUCUUUUCUACUCUUGGUUCACCGUCUCACUCACGUACUACGGCAUUCACGUCUACAUGAUGAUGAAUCCCAGCACGACGAUGAUGGUGACCCUCCUCACAUUCCUGCCUAUUGCCAUGUUGACAUACUGUGGAAUGGAAUGCCUGGGACGCACACGGACCCUGACCUGUGCCAUGUUCCUGAGCACCUUCUCCUGUUUGCUGGACGUAUUCUUUCGAGGCGAUGAAGGAAGCGCCGUUUCAGCAGCUCUGACAGACACCCUGGAAGUGUUGGGGAUCACCGUUGCACAGACUGUGGUGGUGCUCGUUAUCGCCGAAGUCAACCCCACAGCCGUGAGGACCAUCGCUGUCUGUUGCGGUUUUGUCUGCAGCAGGAGCGGAAUGAUCUGCGCUGCUCUCGCGCAACAUCUGUGGACACUGCCUAGUGUCGGACCACCAGUCCUGUACGGUGUCUUCUGUCUGGUCGCUGGCAUCCUCGUCACCUUCGUGCCGGAAACGAAGGCAGCCAGGUUACCGGAGGCUGUCAAGAAAUUCAAUAUGUUCGAGAUAGCCCCUCUUCCGCUUGGAAGAAAGUCGCACAGAAGAAAAGCAGAAGCAAGAAGCCCUCGUCACAGCCCCGUUCAUGUGGCUCGCAGAAGUCUCGAGCCUGUGCUCAGCAAGUUGGUGGAGAUAUAUGGAUCAGAGACGACCACCCUCUCGAGCUAUGGCAUCAGCGAUGUUCUGCUCGACAUCAGAGACGUCAUACAGAAGUCGUCGGACACUAAUCAUUCCGCACUAUAAUAAUGAUGUAUGACAUAUAAUAUAGACGUGUAUACCGAGUGUCGGAUAGACAUAAAUUAGUAAAUUCGCCGAUUCUGUGGUAUUAAAAGUACAGUAAAGAUAUGUAACCUA